GCCAUAUUACCUCCACGACCGCGUGUGGUCAAUGCCCGUUUGGAGGUAUUCCAAAUGAAACGCAGCCUCAGCACAUCUCUCUCUCUCUCUCCGUGUAAGCCAAGGAACUUCUUCGCAUCCCACCAGUUGACUUUGACAUUGUUUUCUUCUUCUUCUUCUUCAUCUUCAAGCUUCAGUCUUAAAUAUUACCAUAACCCGACCUGCGUUCCAAGAAGCGCGUUUGAAACUGAAAUCUUCAUACACAUCUUCCUCCUCUGAUCCGUUCUUUGCUAGUUAACUUCAGUUCCGACGCCUUAUUACACAUCAUGUGCUGUUGUAUUAAUAUCUGAUAAUCACUCCUGUCUAGUCUCCCUCCCCUGCCUUAAGAGCAAUCAAACAUCGCUGCAACCUUGAUUCAAAUGUCAGGAACCUUCAUGGGUUCUGCAGAAUCCAUGGGUUUUUUACUCGUGUUCUUCUCUUUCCUACUCUUAAACGUCUCAGAAAACCUCGUUCGUGCUCAGAGAACAACACCAGCGGAGACCAAGUUCGCUUUCCGGGGAUUCAAAGGCAACGAAACGGUAAUUCAGAGAGAAGGAGCCUCCCGUAUCGAAAGCGAUGGCCUUCUCAGACUCACCGACCAGUCAAAAAAUGUCACCGGAACGGCGUUUUACCGACAGCCCGUGAGAUUGCUCUCCAACGCCACGGUCAGUUCCUUCAGCACUUCUUUCGUCUUUGCCAUAAUCCACUCCGGCUCCGACAACGGCGGGUUUGGCUUCACCUUCACGCUAUCUCCGACCUCCAAUCGUCCUGGCGCUGAAUCCGGACAGUACCUGGGGCUUCUGAGCAGGUCCAACAAUGGAGACCGAUCGAAUCACGUUUUCGCUGUGGAAUUCGAUACGGUGCAAGGUUUCAAGGAUGGAAACGACAGUAAUGGCAACCACGUCGGUCUGAACUUCAACAAUCUCUCGUCGGAAGUCCAAGCAGCAGUCAUAUAUUACGAUGGCCCUGAUCGGCAAGAGGAUUUCCAGCUCCAAAGCGGCGAUCCCAUCCGAGCCGACAUACACUACGACGGACCCACCACAACGCUCAACGUCACCGUUUAUCCCUGGAAACCGGAUUUCAAAAAACCCAGCCAGCCCUUGAUCUCCCGACAGGUUCCAAAAUUGUUGGAGAUCGUUCAAGAAGAAAUGUUUGUCGGGUUCACCGCCUCCACCGGAGAGCAGUCGAGCGCUCAUUACGUGAUGGGUUGGAGUUUCUCGAGCGGCGGAGAACCGGCGGAGGAGCUCGACCUCUCGGAUCUCCCUCCGCCGCCGAAGAAAAACGCGAACAAAAGAGGAUACAAUCGUCAGGUGAUUGCUCUGAUCGCAGCUUUAUCGGGCGUGACAUUGAUAUUUCUGGUCUUACUCUUCAUCUUCGUCAUGUACAAGAAGCGCAUUCAACAAGAGGAGAUUCUAGAAGAUUGGGAGAUCGAUCAUCCCCACAGAUUCAGAUACAAAGACCUCUUCGCUGCGACGAAAGGGUUCAGAGAGGGCGAGAUCAUCGGCGUCGGAGGAUUCGGAACCGUUUACCGAGGAACCCUACCAUCGUCCACAACCGAUUCGGUCGCGGUGAAGAAGAUAACUCCGAACAGCAUGCAAGGUGUUCGAGAAUUUGUCGCAGAGAUCGAGAGCUUAGGAAAGCUACGGCACAAGAAUCUGGUGAAUCUCCAAGGGUGGUGCAAACACAAGACCGAUCUUCUGUUGAUUUACGAUUAUAUCCCCAAUGGCAGCCUCGAUUCGCUGCUGUACAAGAAACCCAGAGAAAACGGCGUCGUCUUGAAGUGGGACGCGCGUUUCCGGAUCGCGAAAGGAAUCGCGUCGGGGCUGUUGUAUCUCCACGAGGAAUGGGAACAGGUCGUGGUUCACAGAGACGUGAAAUCGAGCAAUGUCCUCAUCGACUCCGAGAUGAACCCUAGAUUGGGCGAUUUCGGCCUCGCUCGCCUCUAUGAACGAGGAACGCUGUCGCACACCACGAACGUUGUCGGGACAAUCGGGUACAUCGCGCCGGAGCUCGCUCGCAACGGCAGGGCAUCGACGGCGUCGGACGUUUUCGCGUUUGGCGUUCUGCUUCUGGAGAUCGUCUGCGGGAGAAAACCCACGGAUUCUGAAAACUUCUUCGUCGCCGAGUGGGCUAUGGAGCUUUACGAGAGCGGAAAGAUUCUCCGAGCCGUCGAUCGGAGACUCGGAUCGGAGUUCUCCGUCGAAGAAGCGAGAUUGUCUCUCGUUGUCGGCUUGCAGUGUUGCCAUCAGAAGCCCGCAUUCCGACCACCGAUGAGGAAGGUGCUGAGGUAUCUGAACGGCGACGAGGAUGUUCCAAAUGUGGAUGGCAACUGGUUUUUCUCAGACUCCUCGAGAGACGAAUUCGGACCGAAACUAAUGGGGUAUGUUUCUUCGGACAUGGUCGCGAGCUCUUACACUUCUUCCUCUAUCACAAGAGUUUCUUCCGAUUCCAUAGUCACUGGUAGAUAGCUUCAACAGAUUUCUAAACUUAAAUCCAUUUCUAUGAAUCUCGUUGCAUCGCAUUCAUAAAAAUCCUGUCUAUAGACAUAUACGUAAUGCAAAACACUGAUUGAUUUGAUCCUCCUCCAAUAUCAGCAUUCCCAACAUCACGUUAUCGUAAUAUAUCUUUCUCUUUAAACCCCGUUUUUAUUCACCUAAUUCUUGAAUCUUACGUUGAAUACAUAAUUACAUCCCAAAAAAUAAUCAUGAAACAUAAAUCUGUAUGGAUUUUCUACAGAUAUACGCAUACGUUUGCCGUUCCGUUUGCGGAAUAAAUGGAUAUGAAAAGACACUAAUGCUUUUCAGUCGGAUUAAUACAUAAAUAGAUAUAUCCAUUAUAUAUGAUCGUUGGAGCAUCCAUUUU